GCCUACCUUUAUUGGACAGAACUAGCUCUCCAUAACCAGAGCUAAUCAAACAAGUCGAGCUGCGUAUUGUUGGUUCUUACAAUGCGACUAUUUCCUGUGUUUAAACACCAAACAGGGAUUUAGAUUCUCAUGUAAUGAAUAACUCCAAGCCUAGUAAUUGCAGUUUUGCCUGUUUUUGAUUCCACAGAGCUGAAUGAAAAUUGCAAUGCUGUGCCUGCGUGGGGCACCGCGUACCGAGGAGUCGGAAAUCCUAGACAUCAAAAAGAUUUUAGAAGAUUUUGCCUGGAACAAUUUUAAGUCUACUCAGGGUGUAUGUGCUAAAACAUUUUUACGUCGACGAGAUUUUAUUGUCGAUGUUCCUCUGAAUUUCUACCACACAGAAGACGUCAACCAACAGCUGACUCCUCGUCAACUCAAGAAAGAACCUUCACGCUCAGGAUAUGAUCACAAACAUGGCGACCAUACUUCAGACCUCAGAACUGAAUUCCGUAAUAACACGGAAACAAAUCAAACGUACAAAUUCAGAUUUGAGCGCACGCGUAAAGCAAGUGUGACUGUUACGUUCCAGAAAGGUUUCACAUUUGGUGGGAAAGCCCAUUUUUCUCUUGGACUUCCCGUUGCUGGAGGAAGGUCCUCUGGCGACGUAAACAUGACCUUGCAAGUCACGAAGACCGAUGCCGAGAAUUUUGAGGAUACGUUGGUGUUGGAAACUACGAGUGAUAUUUCUGUAGAGAAAAAACACAGCUAUAUCACAGGAGUGAUUUUAAAGCACAGAGAUGUAUCUUAUGACUUCACUCUGGACACAAUCAUAACUAUGCCUCUAAACAAAGCACCCGUCGCGAUUAGGAAACGCAAAGGCGGCGAGGUCUUGUCCUCAUUUUACAUCGAGAAUUUAAAGGAUGUUUUUUUGGACUUUCCGAAUGUUGAAUUUAUUCCGCAACGCUCCGCUGAUGGCAAAUCUCAAAGAUACUCCGUAAAAAUCAGGACUUCUGGGAUCGUGGAAGGGGUGCAACUUUCUGAUCAAGAGAUUUUCUUAGACUCUAAAAAGAUAGAGAGUGAGGACAAGUCUACAUCAACCCUUGACAUCGUUCCACCGACACUUGCUCGCCCAACGGACUUGGGAACACCCAUCACCCCGUCAACAACCAGUAAGGACGACACCAGCGUAAAAGUCACAACUGACGACACCACGGAUGCCAAAGCAGCGGACCGUUUAAAAGAUCCACAAACGGCCACUGAGAGACGAACAUCCUUUAAACGUUUCAAUCAAUUUGGAGAGAAUUAUACAAGUCUAACUGCCAGUUCCCCCGAAACGAAGAUACUUCAGACGCCCAAAAUACCCACAAUUAUUAAAACCUCUCCUACAACACCUCGAGUUUCUCCAGUUCCUACUGAUAGCGAAGCCGCAUUUCCUAAACAUCGACUAAGGGAAGUGACACCCAAAAGAAGCACGCGUCCUAAGAGUCCACUUCUAAUGAACAGCCCAUCGUCUUUCCAAGGUACCAGUCCACAGACUCAAAGACCAAAAUUAUCGAAAAUGACCAGUGUUUGAUGAUGCGCACAGGCAACCUAUCGUCGUGGUUCUCUCUAUAAUUUCUCUUUAUAACCAUAGCAACACUUAACGAGGUCGUGUUUAUAGUUAUAGGUGGAUAAAUAUCUUGGAUUUAGGAAACUAUAAAGUGUGAAAUUGAAUUAAUCUGAUACUCAAUAGAUCCGAUAUUUAAUUAGUUUUGGGAUUAGAUUUGGUGUUGUUUCGAAAGUUUAAACAGAAGUCGAUUUGUUAACUGAUUUUAGUUUCAUUCUUGGCUGACUGUGUGAACAGUAGAAAACACAAUCGGUUACAUCUCAACACUGGAUUUACUUAUGGACGUUACAUUUUCAACGAAGACAGGUUGUCAUUCCAUAAACACAAUCAACGUAUAAAUCAAUCAAAUCAACUUAUUGAUUUUUUACCGAACCUAAUCUAGGAAUGUUAAUCCAACACAUUCUAGGUUAUCUUUCUUUAUAUUAUAGACAAUUUUCGCACCACAAUAAAAAAGACAUCGGACGGCCGAUUGGCCAUAAGGGCAAUGGGCGAUACACAGUUGGCUUGGUCAGCUGGGUAGUAACUGAGCCGAUGAGCUGGAUAGAACAAGAUACCCCGGCUGAAAAGAAAUAUUUUUUCUAUUUUCUCAGAUAAGCAAUUUGUGAAUAAUGGGCCGAUCUAGCUGGAGAAUAAUGCCCGAGUCUUAAUAAUGGGUCGACGUAGUAGGAGAAUGAUGCCCGAUUUGUAAUAAUGGGCUGACCUGGUAGGAAAGUGAUGCCCGAUUUGUAAUAAUGGGCCGACCUAGUGAGAGAAUGAUGCCCGGAUCCGUUUUAAGAUCCAGUUCGCUACUACACUAAAUGCAUGGAGCACUAACAUUCACUAAAUGAGUCCAGAAUGAGCUUGUGAUAAGCCUUUUUUUUACACGCACUGUAGUUUUAAUCAUCUCUCAUCUUCCUCGGCUGUGCUCAAUUGAAUUUAAAACACACUUUCAUAUUCCUCUAGUUGGAAGGGAUAAGGGUUGGGAGGGGCCUCAUAAGGGGAAUAACCUAGGCCUCUCUUCAUCCUGCACUGACCCUAGGAUGAGCUUGUUUACAACUACAUUUAAAAGAAGUGCACUUCUAUGUAUCGAUCAGCUGGUGGUUUGUUUGACACGUGGUUUUAUUUUUGUUUACGCGUGUUAUAUUUUGUGUCACGUGAUAUCUUACACUUUAUUUUGUGUUUUUAUGGAAUUUACUACAACUCGUGUUAAAUAUAUGAUAUAAGUGAUCCCUGUCAUGUGAUACAUGUGUAUUACCCGCGUGUUCUAUCCACUUCCUACUAUCACAAUUUUCACCACUCGGGACUUUUCGGUUAUUUACGUACGUGACUGUACAAAUUUUCUAUAAGGAUUAAAUACCUGCUAUCAUAAUUUUUACCACUCGAUGUUUAUUUAAUGUUUCACCAUUUGGAGGUUUUCGGCAAGUUUUGCAAGUGAAUAUCUGUAAGGAUUAAAACCCAGUUUAUAUAAUACUUUCACCGUUCGGAUAUUUCCGGAAACAUGGUUCUAUUUAAUCAUUAUUCAGUAAUUAAUUUUAAUGAGAUAUUGUUUGUUUUUAUAAAAGAAAUUGAUCACCAUGGUAAUAAUUAAAGAUUAUACCAGUCAA